CCGAAAGGCCCCGAGCCGGGUCGCCCCGGUACCACACGGCCACACCAUACCACCCCGACAGAUUCCUUGUCGAAACUGUACUUGCAUUCCCUGAGCGGCCGCGCCCCCGGUCUCAGAUCCGCGUCGUCGCGGCCCCUCUCCUUCUCCUCCCGUGCGCUGCGGCCCCCGAAUUCCUCCCACUCCCCCCAGCACGCCCGCAAAGGCACGCCGAGAGGCGAGAGGGAGAGGAAGCGACAGCCAGCGGCCGAGGCAAAGGCAUGGCCACUCCCACUCCUAGUGGCGGCGGCGGAGGGCGAGCCUCCGACCUCGUGCCCCCCUCCUACCCCGAGAUGAUCGUCGCGGCGAUCGCCGCGCUAGCGGAGGAGAACGGCUCCAGCCAGGCCGCCAUCGCGCGCCGCAUCGAGGCGGAGGCCCGCGGCGACCUGCCGGCCUCGCACCCGGCGCUCGUCGCCGCGCACCUCACCCGCAUGUCCGCCGCCGGGGAGCUCGUCGCCGUCGCGGGGGGGAAGUACGCGCUGCCCCCGCCCCCGCCGCCGGCUCCGCCGGCGCCGGAGUCGCCAGCUGACGGCGGCGUCGUCGUUGACGACGACUGCGCCGACGAGGAGGAGGAGGAGGAGGAGGAGGAGGAGGAGGCGCCGGAGCCUCUGCCGCAGCCGCCCGCUAAGCGCGGGCGCGGAAGGCCCCCGAAGGUGCGCCCCCCGGGCUACCCCGCCACCGGGUCGGGAUCUGCCGGCCCCGUCGGCGCGCCCGGAGCUGCCGCCGCACCACCCGCCGCGCCGCGCCGGCGCGGCCGCCCGCCCAAGCCGCGGGACCCGCACGCGCCGCCCAAGAUCGCGCGCCCGCGCGGCCGCCCGCGCAAGAACCCGCUCCCGGAGGGGAUGGCGCCGCGGCCGCGCCCGCGCCCCGGCGCGCCAACGACGGCCAAGGCGGCGCGCCCGCAGUUCGCCGAGGUCGGCUUCGUGUGAUGCGCGGACCCCUCUCGCCGGCAGGGCCGGGGGCGCGGUGGGGUGCAGAGCUGGCGCUAGCUAACAUUUUGCCCGGGCCGGGGGCGCGGUGGGGUGCAGAGCAGGCGCUAGCUAACAUUUUGCCCUUGUUCCAGCUGUUGUCUGAUGUGGGGUUUCUUCUCAGUUCGUGUUGUUGUCUAAUUUCUGGAGCGUGUAGGAGCAGGAGUCUGAGUGGGCGGUAGGGCGACGAUGGCGGCGGUGUGUCGUGGUGUUGCUACCUUACUAUUGGCGGUCGCCGGAGGGGUUCGCCUCCGGCGGUGUAUCUUGUGUCUCAUCUCCUUGUCGCUCGCGCGCAAUGCAAUGCAGUUAGUCUGAUCGUUUGAUUUCCCA